AAUCCCACGUUGGAUCAAGCUACAAAUACGCAGUAUGUAUUUUUGAACAGAACCUCCAAACUGUGGUGCCCAGUGAAAGGUGCGCCAGCUCCAUACAUUGUAUGGAGAAAAGAUGGUGUCACUGUUCAAAAUAGUACCAGCAUAACAUUUCAGCUUCAAGUAACUUCAGAAGACAACGUGAAUUACAGCUGCGAGGUAAGAAGAGAUGGAGAGGUAUUAAGAAGAAACAUCAGCCUCAGAAUUGAAGGUGAGGUAUUAUUGUUUUGUUGAAGUAUAUCAGUACUUUACAUAAUUGGAUUAUCUAAACCUGUACUUUUUCAUUUGCUCAAAAUUCUAACCACCCAAAAAAACGUUUAAGCUACUUUGGUAGUUGGAUCUUAUUUAACCUUUCAAAAGUGAUCUUUCUAUAUCCCUUUAAUUUAAUUUGUAUGUUGUUUUUAGGUUUGAAUGUUAAUUAUUGGUAUGAUAGUUAUCUGGUGAAGGGGAAGGCGUAUAUGAUGAUAACCAAAGGAAAUUCACAUUUGUACGCUUAAACUUGUUUCUAUUCCAAGUGAAGUUACUAUGCCACAGUUUGUCGAUUUUGGCGCCUGCAUACAGUGUACCUGAAGUUCGUGUUUUCAAUACAGUUUUCAUCUUUGAUUCAUGAUCAGUUAAUUUACAUCGUAACUCUGAAGUGUUCAUGUAAUCUUGGUAAUUGUGAUUUUACAGUAAUGUUCUAUCAAAGUGAAAUAUUCUUCGUUGCCCAAACAACUGACUUACGUCUUUCAAAUUUAAAGCCUUUGUUGACGAAUUUUAACGGCCAAUCAUUUCUUGCCUCAUUUUAGAGUGCCCAGGCCCUUGCGAAUGUGACGUCUUCCACCAAACUAUCGUUAGUGUGAAUUGUGAUGGAAAAAGCUUUAAUUCAAUUGCAUGGAAAUUUCCGCCUGCUAUGUCAAAAUUGUGAGUGUAAUUAAACAGUUGUAAACACAGCGUGUAGUUUAAUAACAAAGUGGGAAAUGAAGGAUUUGCUUUAUCGGGUUGAUCAAAGAGUGUAAUUAGCUGUCAAGCCACGUUAACGAAGAAUCUAAACUCAUUUUAAGUCUUAACUCUCGAUUUCAACAACGGUUGCAGCACACAGAGCUGAAAACGUUCUAUAAUACGUCACUGAAAUAAAAGUGAAAACAAUAAACUUAUCAGUUCAGUUUGGUUUAUCUGUUGACGUUGUGACAACAUUUAGUUUGCGCUACUUUUUCACUUUAACUGUUGUAAUAGCUGACCAGAAAUCAAUUUAACUAUCUUGAUGCCUGGGAUACAAAACAUUAUUUAUAUCAAGGCUAAAGAUAAGGAAUAAACUAUUCGAUCAAUGAAAUUUGAACCAUAAAACAGUUGCUUAAUACCAAAGGAAGUAAAAGAACGCCAAUAAUAAGAAGCACCGCAUGGGCCAAUUGCUAGCGCUGCUCUUAACACUGCAAAGUCCAGUGCCCAACUGGUGAGAGUGUUUGACUCCAUAUUGACAGGUUCGGAUUUAAGUCCUAGCCAGAUCAAUGUAUUGUGUUUUGGGGAAAGACAUUCUCUCUUACCAGAGAUCAAAAAUAGAUACAGUGAAACUAAGAAUAAUAUCCCUACUUUUCAGAAAGUGGCAAAAUAUCAGGCGGUGAUGGAUCAUUAGAUUACGUUACAUAUGAUUCAAGAUACGAUAUUAGUCAUUUAUUAGUUGUUUUCUUUAUAAAUUUGCUUAUAGUUUUGACGAUGAAGAGAUUAGACGUUCAGGUGUCUUUCUUAUCGUAAUGGUUGUACUCAGCAUGUACUUUACACGUUCUAACGUUAUCUUGAUAGGCACUUAAGAAACAACAAGCUGAGGGACUUGCCCCAAGGAAUCUUCAGUAAUUAUACCCAGCUGGAGUGGCUGUGAGCCAAGACUAUUUGUUAUUUGCGUCAGACACGUUUGUAAUGAUUCUUGAUAGGAAUUUGAGUAACAGUGAACUAAAGGACUCCUCCUCGAGUAAUCUGCGGUUGUAAUGUUGAGUCUUUCUAGCUCCCAAAAAUCAUGACUAGCUUCGCCCAACCUUUACAUGAACACCUGAAGUGUACCUGAACUCAUUAUUUCAGUCACUGUGUCAGUGACACGGACUGACGUGUGAUCUUGUGGCCUGAUCGUCCGGAUGGGGGUAGUCCUGCGAAGGAUAGUGGUCGAUAUUUCUUUACUCGACCCUUAGGAUAACCUCGCUGGACUUAUCGAAACGUUGGAAUUGGUUCCGAACACAAUCCUUCGAAGCACCACUUUCACCCGGACAAUAAUAAUUACCCGAUAAAUUCUUCUUAAUUUGAGGAGCCUCCCCGCUAGAGAUUGGGAAAUCCCCCCCCCCUGCUUUUUUAGUGUUAAUGGGUAUUUAACCAAUACCCCCUCCUCCUCCUUCAGGCUCUGGGUUUACAUAGAGCUCCCAAAUCUAAGAAUUAAGACACAGUCUCCAAAAAUAAAGAAAAAAUACUUAACGUGAAAAUGGAACGAGCUCACUUACAGUUCUGGUUAAGCACAAAAUAGGCUAUAUUCAUAGCUGAUAGAAAAGAAAUGAUUACAUAGAUUUGUUUGGGCCCCCCUAUCAAAGCUCACACGAAAGUACAGCAUUACCGGAUACACCAUUUGAUUUAAUGUAAUUAUCGAAUACAUGGUAAUGAACACCACCCUCUAUCAAUUCUUGGCAGGGAUAUUAGAGACAACCAGUUGAAGGAAUUACCAUCAGGCAUAUUCAGUAACAAUACCAAGCUGUCCGCCCUGUAA